AUGACAGAGAUAGACCUAUCCCAACCCUUUUAUUCUUAUCCAAUAGAGAAAGUUGUCACAUCUGUAAAGACUGAUCUUGCAAAGUAAAUUUGAUUAUGAAAAUAUAGAGGAUUAUCAAGUGAUGAAGCAAAGGCAAGAUUAGCAAAAUAUGGAGGAAAUGAACUUGAAAAAGAAGAGAAAGAGAGUAUAUGGGAGAAGAUAAAGGAAUAAUUUGAGGAUAAUUUAGUAAGAAUCUUGCUUUUGGCUGCAGUGAUAUCUUUUGUGAUAUCUCAAUUUGAAGAUCAUGAAGAAGUUCAUGCAGUUCCUCCUUGGGUUGAACCAUGUGUAAUCUUUACAAUAUUGAUCUUAAAUGCUGGAGUAGGAAUAUGGUAAGAUUUAGAUGCAGAAAGGGCAAUAGAAGUAAAUAAGAAAUAAUAUAAUAUAGGCAUUAAAAGAUUUAUAAUCACCACAUGCUAUAGUAUUAAGAGAUUCAAUUUGGGGAUAGAUUGAAGCAAAAGAUUUAGUAGUAGGAGAUGUAGUAGAGAUAAAAUAAGGAGAUAGAAUUCCAGCUGAUUUAAGAAUGGUAGAAUUAAAGACAAUUACAUUAAAAACUGAUUAAGUAAUAUAAUAUAUUUAUAUAUUAGUCAAUAUUAACAGGAGAAGUAAAUCCAGUUAAUAAAAUAACAGAUGCAGUUAUGAAAUAGGAAGCAGCAGUUUAAGAUAAAAUCAAUUUUUUGUUUUCUGGAACUUUAGUAUCUAAUGGAACUGCAAUAGGAAUAGUAUGUUGUACAGGAAUGAAAACAGAAAUUGGAAAAAUAUAGAAAGAAGUAUAAGAUGCAGCUAAAGAGAAAUAAGAUGAUGAUGAUCCAUUAUCAAAAAGAUUGGAUGAAUUUGGAGAUAAAUUAGCUAAAGUUGUGACUUAUAUUUGUAUUGGAUGUUGGUUAAUGAAUAUAAGUAAUUUUUCAGAUCCUGCUCAUGGAGGUACAGUAAUGGGAGCCUUAUAUUAUUUUAAAGUAGCUGUUGCAUUAGCAGUGGCAGCAAUUCCUGAAGGAUUACCUGCUGUUAUUACAACUUGUUUAGCUUUAGGAGCACGUAGAAUGGCUAAAUAAAAAGCUAUUGUUAGAAAAUUACCUAAAGUAUAAACUUUAGGAUGCACUACCAUUAUCUGUUCAGAUAAAACUGGUACAUUAACUACUAAUGAAAUGUGUGUCAAAGAAAUUGUAUUAUUAACAGGAAAUGAAUCAUCAUCUGUUUAAGUAUUUACAGUAGAAGGUACCUCUUAUCAUCCUGAAGGUUAAAUUAAUUAAUUAGAUACUACUUUUAUUAAAUCUAAUCAAUUAGCACCAAAUCUUAAGAGAUUAGCAUAAUCUAUGGCUUUAUGUAAUGAAUCUAAACUCUUUACAGAUAAAGGAAGAGUUUAGAGAAGUGGAUUACCUACUGAAGCAGCCUUAAGAGUUUUAGUUGAAAAAAUUGGAAAAUAUGAUCAAUCUUUUAAUUCUAAACCUGUCUUAGAUGCACCUCAAUAAUAUAAUGAUGCUAUAUCUUCAGAAUUCACUAAAAGAGCUACUCUUGAAUUUACAAGAGAUAGAAAAAGUAUGUCAGUUUUAGUUAAUUCUAAAAAUGAAAAAGCUAAUGUAUUAUUCAUAAAGGGAGCACCUGAUUAUUUACUUGAAAAAUCAAAUCAUAUAAUGAAUCUUAAUGGAGAUAUUGUCUAAUUUAAACCUUAAGAUAAAACAUAAUUCUUAAAUAUUGUUAAAAAUCUUGCAGAAAAAGGAUUAAGAACUUUAGCUAUCUGUGUUUAAGAAGACUGUGGAUAAUUGAGUAAUUAUGAUGGACCUAAACAUCCUGCACAUUCUUUAUUAGUAGAUACCAAUACCUACAAAGAUAUUGAAAAUAAACCUAUCAUCAUUGGAGUUGUUGCACUUCAAGAUCCACCAAGACCAGAAGUUAAGAGAUCUAUUGAAAAAUGUAGAGAAGCUGGAAUCUCAGUUAUCAUGAUUACUGGAGAUAUUAAAGAAACUGCUUAAUCAAUUGCUAUGUAAAUUGGUAUUUUACAUAAUCAAAAUUAAUUUACAACUCAUUCAUUUACUGGUCUUGAAUUUAAUUAAAUGGGAGAGGAGAAAUAAAAGAAAGUUUUAUAACAAGUGAUAGGUAAACCAAGUGGAUUAGUGUUUUCUAGAACAGAUCCAUCUCAUAAGAGAGAACUAGUAAAAUUAUUAACAAGUUAACUAAAUUAAAUAGCAGCAAUGACAGGAGAUGGUGUAAAUGAUGCUCCAGCAUUGAAAUAAGCAAGUAUUGGUAUAGCAAUGGGUAUUGCUGGUACAGAAGUGGCAAAAGAAGCUUCUGAUAUGAUUUUAGCAGAUGAUAAUUUCGCAACAAUAGUAAGAGCAGUAGAAGAGGGUAGAGCAAUAUACUAAAAUAUGAAAGGAUUCAUUAGAUAUAUGAUAUCUUCAAAUAUAGGAGAAGUGGUUUCUAUUUUCACAUCAUCAUUAUUAGGAAUACCAGAUGGAUUUAAUUCAAUAUAAUUAUUAUGGGUAAAUUUAGUAACAGAUGGUUUACCUGCAACAGCAUUAUCUUUUAAUCCACCAGAUCCUGAUGUAAUGUAAAAACCCCCAAGAAAACAUGAUGAACCAAUAAUAACAGAAUUUGUGUUUAUUAGAUAUUGUGUAAUAGGUACAUAUGUAGGUUUGGCAACAGUAUUUGUAUUUAUGUAUUUCUAUUUGGGUUAUGAAUGGGCAGGUGAUGGUCAUCCAAUAGUAACAUUUAGUUAAUUGAGAAAUUGGGGAGAAUGUCAUAAUUGGGAAGGAUUUAAAGUAUCUAAUUUCGAUAAAUAUGAUUUUUCUAAAGAUCCAUGUUUAUAUUUUUCAUGGGGAAAAUAAAAAGCAUCUACUUUAAGUUUAUCAGUAUUAGUAGUCAUUGAAAUGUUUAAUGCUUUAAAUGCUUUAUCAGAAGAUAGUUCUUUAUUGAAAGUAGGACUAUUUGCAAAUCCAUAUUUGAUUUUAGCAAUUAUUGGAUCAAUGACAUUACAUUGUAUGAUUUGUUAUGUUCCAUUAUUUGAAAACAUCUUUAAUACUGUUCCUUUAACUAUUAAUGAUUGGUAAUUUAAUUUAAUAAUUAUAAUAGGAUCCUUGUAUUGUGUGUAUCUGCUCCAGUAGUUUUGGUGGAUGAAGUAUUGAAAGUAUUUUCAAGAAUUAGAAAUGCCAAAUUAUUAGAAUAGAGAAAGAAAUUAGAUUGA